CAAAUCUUAUUAGUUACAGUUGGGCCCUGACUCAUGCACGAGUCGUAGUCGGGGAGCGGAGCAUAGUGAAUUUAAAUCUGAUCAAUUGAAUCGAUCAGGAUGAUCAAUCAUGUGAUUCAACAUCUAAAAAUUAAUAAUUUGUAAAGUGAAACGUAUUAAAGAAACAUAUAAAAGUUAUAAAACCCUAGAACAGUGCAUGUUGAGAAAUAAAUAUGGCCGCCUAUCUUCACAAGAAAUUUAAAAAAUACGCAACAGAGAAGGAAAAUGGCGCUGAACAUGAAGAAGAUGGUGCUGAGAGACACAGUGCUGGAAGUAUUGUGGGUCCCCUGGAAACGCCCACAGAAGGACGCAGACUGGGCGUGGUUAAACCCCUGCAUAGACAGUACUAUUGUGAUAUAUGCAGAAUUGCAUUCAGAGUUGAGUCAAAUUUAGAGAAACAUAUUCAAACCAGAUCCCACAAGUUAAAGUUGGAGAAAGAUGAAAAUACUUCUGAACUCGACAUUAUCAAAGAACUGGGAGAGUCAGGGAAGGUUGAGCUUGAUCAACCUGAAGAUUUAGAGGAUCCCAAUAUCCCAGGAGCAGCAGAUCAACCAGCUAAAACAGAUGUACCUCCUAUUCUAAGCUCUGUAAAUAACAGUGGUCCUCUACCACCUUUUCACCCUGGACAUCCACGGGCAGUUCGUCUUGUAGGUGGUAGACUUGUUGAGGGUAGACCAUUAGACAGCCGACUGGUAGACAGUAAAUUGGCUAAUGAUCGGCUAUUAGAGGGUCAGCUGCCAGAUGGUAGACUCUUGGAGAGUGAAGGAUCGGUUUUAGAUUCCAGAAUACCUCCUCAACUUAUUAGUUAUGCUAAGGUUGAUCCGUUGGUUUAUUUUAAUCCACAGCAGCUGAGAGGAUUAGACCCCCAACAGUUAAGAGGAUUAAACCCACAGGUAUUGAGAGGAUUAGAUCAACAACAAAUGAAAGGAUUGGAUCCACAACAAUUAAGAGGAUUGGAUCCGCAUCAAAUAAUUGGAUUGGACCCUCAACAUUUAAGAGGAUUAGAUCCGCAGCAGCUUAGAAGGUUAGAUCCUCAGCAGCUUAGAGGAUUAGAUAAUCAGCAGCUUAGAGGAUUGGAUCCUCAGCAGCUUAGAGGAUUAGAUCCUCAGCAUCUUAGAGGAUUAGAUUCUCAGCUGCUCCUAAGAGGAUUGGAUCCUCAGCAGCUUAGAGGAUUGAAUUCUCUUCAGCUUAGUGGAUUGGAUCCUCAUCAGCUAAGAGGAUUAGAUCCUCAGCAACUUCAAGGAUUGGACCCACUUCAACUUCAAGGGUUGGAUCCUCUUCAACUUAACCAAAUUUUUUCUCAUUCAGUUCAUCCAUCAAUUCCUCCAAUGCAGUCUCAUCCGGCUUUAAUAACUCACCCUUUACGGCUGUCUCCUAGUAACCAGUCUUCCUCCCCACAUACUUCAGUUCAGAUCCAACCUAGAUACCAGAAUAAUAAAGAGGUGCUGGAACCAAAAAAUUUCACCAAGACUGAAAGCUCUAAAUUCCAACAGUACUUCAAUAGGUAUCCAGUAGGGCGAGAUUUAGCCAGCUCCUCUGCUCCUCAGAAAGAGCUGUUAUAUGCACACAAUGCUCAAAGAGAAAAUCAGAUUGGUUUUGUUUCAAAGAAAGAAUAUUCAACCAACCAUGUAGUCAACAGAGAUGCCUCUAUUAGUCUUCAAGAAGGGAAUGCAUCAUACCCUUCCCCUCGAGGAAGUGGUUUUCAAUCCAACUAUCCUUCCCCUAGGGAACAGGCUAGUAAGGGAAAGCAUGAUAAUAGUAAAGAAGGAGCUUGUCCUACAGAUUUAACAAAGAAACCUCCUCAACCUAUGCUCAAUGCAAUUUCUUUGGAGAAAAGAAUUAAUGAGGUUAUAAGUCAGAAUCAGGCUAUUGUUGAGACUCUUGAUCCCUUCUGGAAGGGCAGAUACAUGCGGCAGUCCAGUAGGGAGGCUGAGAUAGAGGGUGGGAAAUCCCAACGAGGGAGUGGAAGAAGGUUUAGCCAAACUGCUACUGUAUCAGAUCAGAACCAGGAUGGAAAGCGCAGCUAUUCUGAAUCAAGUUCUAACCACACCAACUCUAUUGGGAAUCAAGCUUCAAAUCUUGUUCAACAGCCUCAACACACAACAAGCUCCGCUCCAUAUGUACUCAACGAUGGGCGGGCUUCUUCUAAUGUACCUUUUUCUCAAUUACAUCAACAGGUUGCUCAACCUCCUAUACCGGUUUCUUUUUCAUCGUCUUCUGAGGCUCGAAAACCUCAUACAAGUCCUCACUUAUCUAGUCAUCCACUUUACUCCUCCCAUCCUUUGACUCAUCAACAAGUUUCAGGUAACCAUCAACCCCUCCCACCUGGAAAACCUCCACUCCAACCCAGCCAUCAACAGCCCUCUGUAGCAAGCAUUCAACUUCCCACGUCUGCUAGUCAUCAACUCCAUCCAAAUGCUAAUCAUCAACUCCCCCAUGCUGUUCAGCAACCUCUUCCUGCAGGCUAUCCUCCACAACAGCAGCAUCUCAAGACUCCUCAUAGGAUUGUUGAAUUGGAACAAGUACAGAAACAACCUCCUAGACCUGACUCCAACAUUCCCCUCAAUUUAAGUGAUAGCAGUAGCAGGAAACGGAAAUCUCCAGAAGCUCUUUCUAUGGGUGAUUCUGUUAAGGAGGUUUGGUUAAACAGUCAGAAAAGAUCUGGUUCUAUCUCACAGCUGGAGGAUAUAGCCUCCAGAAUAGAGACCAGCCUCAGGAGUUCGGAGAAUCCUUUUCAUCCGGAUAAUCCAGAGGGGUCAAUCAUUAAGGAUUUGUUGCUGAAAACACGUGCUGGUAUUCUGACUACUCCAGCCCUAAUGCAUGCUGCAAAGGAGCUUCAGGACAAAGAAUUUUUAAACCGUCCUGAAGUCCAAGCAGUUCUAGAUCAAGGACAGCAAAGACAAGAUCAAGGACAACAAAGAUCAGAUCAAGGACAACAAAGACAAGAUCAAGGACAACCAAGACCAGAUCAAGGACGACAGCAACACAGACAAGAUUCAAUUAAACCUAAACCUGAAGCUUCAAGAUCAGAAACCCAGAAUAUUUAUAUAGACGUAAGUAAGUCUGAUGACCGGCCUGCUGCGCCUGAAGUACGGCAGGGGUCAUCAGCUGAGCCUGAGCUACGGCAGGGGUCCUCAGAAUCCAUGGAUAUCCCUAUGCCGCGUUCUAUUCUCUACCGUCCGUCGUCUUCCGAAUCUUUAACAUGUAACCUAUGCCAGGUUACAAAUUUGGAGAACAUUGAAAUUCAUAAACGCCAUUUUUGCAAAAAUAACCAAGGAGUAUCGGAAGCUAACACAUUAUACAGACCCAACAGUACAGUGUCGCAUACCAAAGCAAGUCCAACUCAUCGAAGACGAUCUGACUCGAUUAAUGCCGCGCAACCGGCGCAGAAGAGACCGAGAACAGACAGUGUCUCUGCUUCUACUAGUCAACUGUUCUUCGAGACAGGUAAAAGUGAAGGUCUACUACAGAUUGCAACUGUACGAUGUAGUCCUGAUCAUUCUAGAUCAUUUAGCGAUCAUUCUAGAUCAUCGACCACAACUGUUAGCUCCGUUUCAGGUAUUCCAACUCCCAACCUGUCUGGAAUUCUGACCGGUAUUAAACCGCUGCCACUGUUUUCUCUACCCGGAGUAAGGAUGGAUCCGAAACAUGAUGAUAAAACUGUCCCAUUUGUUCUUGGUAUCCCUGGACCCUACUCACAACCCUCCAGUAGGCCAUUGACCUCUUUAACCUCCAGCAUAUCCUUAACAUCAACCUCUAGCCUCCAAUAUUCCAACUCCAGUUAUCUUAGCGGAGUAAAUCUCCCAACUCGUAUAACAAGCAGUCCUACACAGUCCUUUCAAACCAUCACCUCCCCUCCUCCCUCCCUCCCUAGUGGAUAUAUACCUGCUGGUCAGCUUGGGUUCAUUAAACCAUCGGACUCCCUUCCAACUCUGCUGAGCCCUAUACCCCCUAGGGAGCGUCACCUUUCAGCCCCUUCUAACAGAUCUCCUAAACCUGACCCUAAACCAACUCUUGACAUUGAUGUUAAAAGACCUCAAAGUUUACCGCUUGGUGGUCCAUUGUCACUGAAAAAGAACAUAACUCUCUCGGGCGCCUCUUUAAUCAGUCCAGAAACACCAAGGCCAAAGAAGCCAUAUGUACUGCACUACCAGAACGGCACAGCGUACACAUAUCUGGGGUUAAAGUGUUCAACCAGAGUAUUCUUUUGCUCAAUUCAUAAGGCUCAACCUAAUUAUGUAGAGUUGGAAAAGAACUCCACAGUAUCAAUGUACUCCAACUGGAAGGUAUUCAGUAAGGACUCCCACCCCUCGGGACUACCUCCUCAGACCGGAAUGGCAUCAUAUAUAUCAAACCCUAAAGAAAAUUACAAGGGCAUGUAUACUGUGGCAGCUCCAGCUAGAUCUCAGAUGAUAACCUCGCACUCCUCCACCUGGAGGGAUAGAAGGGAGAAUACAGAGAAACCAGAGGAGGACAGCGUGAAAUCUGUAACUGCUGUGGAAGGAGGGUUUAAGAGUAGUGAUGAUAACUACACUUACAUCAGAGGUCGAGGGCGUGGAAAGUAUAUUUGUGACUCGUGUGGAAUCCGUUGCAAGAAACCGUCAAUGUUGAAGAAGCAUAUUAGAACUCACACCAACGUGAGACCGUACACCUGCAAGUAUUGCAACUUUAGUUUCAAGACUAAAGGGAAUCUGACCAAACAUAUGAAGUCCAAGGCACACAGUAAGAAGUGUGUAGAGCUAGGUAUUGUUCCUGUACCGACAAGUGUAGAGGAUUCUCAACUUGACGACAGUAAGAGUUCCAACGAGAACAAUAUAGCCGGGGACUCUGAUACAGAUGACGGGGAGGACGUGGAUGAUCUUGAGGAGGAUGAAGAGGAUGAGGUGGAGGAGAAAUAUGAUGCUAGCGAGGGAGGAGGAGGGGCGGCGGCGGGACUAGGUUUCCAGGGAUCACUAGGUCUUGCUCCAAGAUUUCCCAGAUUCUCCUCUUAUCCUUUUAACUCCAGUGCAGGAGGAACACCUAGUAGCAUAGAGAAGGACAAAAUGAGUGUGAAAAUGAACCUACACCAGCAGGAUCAAGAAAGAGUUAGUAAAAUUACUCAGCUGGCUAGCGGAGUAGGCUACCAGCCGGAAAUAAAAACUGAACCGGAAACAGUAUACACCGGAAAUAUGGACACUAGGAUGACCGUUGUGCCUGCAAGGUCAAGUUAUCUGCAUGAACCUGGAUUUCAGCUGUCGCAGUAUCCUACUCAAUCUGACCCACAGCAGCCACAUUAUCCAACACAACCUAAUCCACAGCUGCUCGGCAGCAAGAUGGGUUCUGAUCUUAACUCACCCUCCAGCCUCUACACUUCUCGACCUAGAUUCAUACCUGGUGAACCUCCAGGUCAACCCUCCAAUAGCCUCCGAUAUCCUCCAAAUCUACAGAAUCCUCUCUCCGACCUUCAAUAUCGUCCUAGUCCCCAAAUUGCCUCCACUGGUCUGCAGUUUGCUCCUUCCAACCUCCAGUAUCCUUCAUCUAGUCUUCGGCAUCCGGCCUUAAGCCUCCAAAUUCCCCCGGGUAUCCUCCAACGUCCUCCAUCUAGCCUCCAAACUUCUGGACCUGAAUCUGAAAACUCAGAGCGACUUCAAACAUAUUUACAGGAAUACGCUGCUUUUAAAGCUAAACAAAUCAAUACCCAGUUCCAAUCAAAGAUAGUAAAAGAAGAACUACCUGAAUCUGUUGAAGGAGAGUCUAGGGCAGAUAUAAACAAUCCCACACCUCCCAACCAGCCUCAACCCUUCCGCCCUGUGGCAGCUGAUUGCCCUGAUAUUGACGUGGCAGAUGAAUCUCAGGAUUCUGAGGCGGGUACAAGGAAAGAAUAUGUUCAUAGUUUCGGCCAUCAGACAGAUUCAAUACCACAGAACGUAACAAUGAACGUGAAAGAUAUUCCGAACUUCCUGCCUGGGCAUACUCUACCCCCACCACCAGAGUUUAAUAUUCCAACCAUCAAUAAGGCCGAAAGUCCUUUAAGAAAACCUGAUUUAAAAGCGCGUGUGUCAGAUACCGGAAACAGACCUGCGGAAAUAAUCGGCCGACAGCAGGAUUCGGCCGGAGUUGGUGGUGGCCGGUCUACGGAUAGUCCGGCAAGCACGAGUUCGACAGAGAAUGACGAGGGCCGCGCUACUCGACAAAUUGAAAUAUUUCAAAUUAACGAAGACGGGAAGAGUGUUUGCGGGAUUUGUAGCAAGAUCUUCUCUAAAUCCUCACAACUUCGUCUUCAUGUUAAUAUUCAUUACUUCGAGCGCCCGUUCAGAUGUGACUCCUGUGCUGUUAGUUUUAGGACUAAAGGUCAUCUUCAGAAGCAUAAGAGGUCAGUAGGACACUUCAACAAGGUCAACAUCAACGCAACCUUUGGGGCUCCGUCCACUGACAACCCCAGGCCCUUCAAGUGUGUAGACUGUAUGAUAGCAUUCAGGAUCCAUGGACAUCUAGCAAAACAUUUAAGAUCCAAACUGCAUAUAAUGAAGCUUGAGUGCCUGGGAAAACUGCCUAUUGGCAUGUAUGCUGAAAUGGAAAGACUAGGAACUAACCUAAACGAGAUUGAUACAACCGACUGCGAGAACUCGUUAGAAAGUUUACAGCAAAUGGCAGUGAAGUUGUAUGAGAAGGAUCCGAGUAAGCUGACAAGUCUGGAGGAUGGAAUCCCGAGUAUCGGAGCUGGAUCUGAUCUCUCCGAGGACGAGGAUUCAAACCCUGCUCCGGAGACCGGGUUGCAGCAGACCCAGGAAAACUUGAACCUGAAUCCUGAAACAGUUCUUAAUCCUGAUAUUAAAGAAGAACCCGGGGUUGAGAUGGGACAGGAGGAAGUUAGGCAUGACCAUGAGAGACUUCAUGCCAGACAGACCCCAGAGUCCAUUUUACAACCCUCUGAACAGUUGAGAAGUACACCUGAACAACAGUUAAUAAGAAGAACACCUGAACAACAGUUAAUGAGGAGAACCCCGGAACAAUUUACGAAAAAUCCGCAAGAGGCGUACCAAAAAAAUCCACAAGAACAGUUUCUAAGACGGCCCCCGAGUAAUCCGCCAACAUUUUUGUCUCAGGCUUCGUUUCAGCCUGGGGCAAGGAUGGAGGACGGCAGGGAUUUUAGCACGAGGCCGGGGAGAGAUGCAAUUUAUUCACCUUCCUUUGUUAACUAUGAAUCACAGGGUUCAAGAGUUCUUUAUGAGGAACGAGUUAUUAUGGACGAAGGACGGAGAAGGGGUGAGAGAAUGAUUAUGGACGAAGGACGAAAAAGGGAUGAAAGACCGAUACGUGAUGAGGGACGGAGAAGGGAUGAGGGAAUGAUUAUGGAUGAAGGACGGAGAAGAGAUGAGGUACGGAUGAUGAAUGAUGAAAGAAUGAGGGAGGAAGACAUGAGAAGAGAUUCUGCAAAUAUUGUUUGUCAUAUUUGUAGUUUGGUUCUCCCGUCAGAAUCUAGUUUUCAGCAGCAUCUGGCGACUCAUAGCAAACCUAGACCGUACAUCUGCCAGCACUGUGAUGCAGGGUUUAGUUCAGUUCAUCAACUUAAUAGUCAUGUAGCCUUGCAUCAAUCAUACCAGAAUUAGUGUCUCCUAUCGGAAUUUAAAAUUGCGCAAACUUGUGCAGAAUUACAGGGCUCGCAAUUGCACGUAAGAAAAACAAUGGAAUAA